UGCAGCAGCUGGCGGGCGGAGCUGCUCCAGAGAGCUGCUGUCAAUACUUGCCUAAAGCCGUCACCCGUGCUCCAGUGGCUCACUAAGAUGUAGAGUAAAAUACACAGAGCUGGACAAGGUCUUCUCUGAACUGAACGGGCCAGCUGCCGCGGUGAGUGAGCGAACGAACGUAGAGGACGACGUUGUCCCGCUAGGUGAAAGUCGCGCUUUUUAUGUGCAGCGCAUUGCUCACACCUGUAAUCCCGCCGAUCAUGUAGCCGUUCCACGGGCAAAGAACUCGAGCGUCAAGAGCACCCAGGUGAAGCAACAUGGGAGGGAAUCUGGGCUGCCACCGCUCCAUCCCUAAAGACCCGACAGAUCUUUGCAACAGCAAACGCAAGUUCAGCACGGCAUGCAACUUCAGUAAUAUUCUGGUGAACCAGGAGCGCCUGAACAUUAACACUGCUACGGAGGAGGAGCUGAUGACCCUCCCCGGGGUGAACCGCAUGGUGGCUCAAAAUAUAGUGGAGUAUCGAGAAUGCAUCGGCGGCUUCAAGAAAGUGGAGGACCUGGCCCUGGUAAGCGGGGUGGGCGCUACCAAGCUGGAGCAGAUUAAGCUGGAGAUUUGCGUGAGCAACAGGACUGGCUCCUCCACGCAGCAGUCUCCCAGCUCGGUGCGCCGAGAGCAGAGCCCCGAGCAGCUGGCAAGUUGCAGGAUCAACAUCAACACGGCCACAGCAGCCCAGCUCAUGAGCAUCCGGGGGGUCACCGAUAAAAUCGCAAAGAGCAUAGUGGACUACCGUCGGGAGAACGGGCCCUUUAGGAGUAUCGAGGACAUGGUUAAGGUGCCCUGCGUCAACUCCUCAUUUCUGGAUAAAAUCCGCUUGCAGAUCUUUGCCGAGCGCUCAAGAGCGCCGUCCACUAACACAAAUGGUGGGGCGCUGCCCCUUAGCGGCAAGUCGCACCCGAGCCCCACCUCCAUUAGCCUGCACAGCGAGGACUUGGACUUUCCCCCAGGAGGGCCGAUUCAGAUCAUAUCUGUGAGACCCAGCGUGGAGGUCUUCUCAGGACUCAGGGACGGCAGGUGCGUGCUGCGCCUGGCCACUUGGAACCUGCAGAGCUGCUCCACCGAGAAGGCCAACAACCCGGGAGUACGGGAGGUGGUCUGUAUGAGUCUUCUGGAAAAUGGGAUCAAGCUUUUGGCAGUUCAAGAGCUGACUGACAGAGACGCUUUGGAAAAGCUUUGUGCAGAGCUAAACCAGUCGACUCUGCCCAAUGUCCGCAAGUGGAAAGGCUCAAGAGGAUCGUGGAAGUGCGUCGUAGCUGACAGGCCUGCAGGACACUUUCACAAGACGGCUGAGUUUUCAGGUUUCCUAUGGGACAGCAGUUUUGGGAUCGAACUCAAAGAGUGCACUUUACUGGAGAGCCCUCCUGCUAAUGGCAAUGGAAAACAGACUUGCCCCAAACCAUAUCUUGCACAUUUCAAGAUUGCAGGCUCCAGUUUAAUCCUGGUUAAUAUUCACUUGAAAAAGGAGCUAGGAGGAGAGAGCAAUGGCAAGCUUCACAGUACAAACCACAAAGCGUCCCACUUCACAGAAAUACUACAGGAAACGCUGAGAGGAGAAAAAGAAGUGAUCAUCUUGGGAGACUUCGGCCUCCCAGCAGAAGCAGCUGAGUUUGACCUGUUAAGAAAGGAGAAGUUCAUCCCUGUGGUCCCCUCGAGCACUUUCACCAACAUUAGCACAAAGAACCCGCAAGGAUCCAAAUCACUAGACAACAUUUGGAUCAGCCGCCAUCUUAAGAAAAUUUAUACAGGUCACUGGGAUGUCAUAAGGGAAGGCCUUACUAAUCCAUGGAUCCCAGACAACUGGUCCUGGGGUGGAGUAGCUUCCGACCACUGUCCCGUUUUUGCUGAAUUUUAUAUCAACCCAGUAAAGAAGGAGACUGUUCCUAAUGGAAAUGGGGUGACCGUUGUGGAGCACACAGAAGCAAACCCCAAACAUGAACGGUGACAGAGGCCCACGUGAUGUCCCAGACAACGUAAAAUGGAUGUUUCUUAUGCCACUGAAGAGGAGAACACCAAAUUUGCCUUCACGCUCAUGUCAAAGUCACCAUAGGACUGACUAAAAGACAGAAUGAUUGUUUGUGUUGACCAUUUUGGAAAAACAAAAGAGUGUUUAAAGAAUCGCACUAGCAGCAAACACUUCUGUGGAUCUUCAGAAUGUGCCAAAAACUGUUUCAACUUCAGUGGAACAAAGCAUUCUGUUCUGGGAAUUCACUUGUGACAUGUUGUGAUCAGGCCUUCGUGGAAGCUAACAUUUGACCUUUGACAUAUUUGGGGCUUUCCAUCUCCUCGCUAUCAAAGGACAGAAAGUCAGCCUGGUUUUAGGGUAGCGUCCUUGUUUCUCAAGUCUCGUGCCGUCACUGUGACGACCCGGACCCUCACAGUCACUUGAAUUGCUUUUCUGUCUAAUGAUAUUACGGUGGGUGUUCUGAAGUUCACACAGUCUACGCUAAUCCCCCUCAACUACACUUACUGCUAAUUGGAGGGACCUUCCUUUGUGUUAAUCCUCCCUUUUGGGUUGUGUGUUUGUCUUUCCUUUACCACAUAAUGAAUAAGCAAAGUGUAUGCCAGAGGGAUCCUGUGCAGCUUCAAGUGCAGUAAGCCCAACCUGAAGGAGUCCUCAACAGUCUGGCAGUUUCAGUGAAGCAAGCUGGUCAGGGUCUAUCAGAGCAGAAUCCCUUCAGUCCCGUAUGUGGCUGCAGCUCACAGGCUCUGCAGAGGUAAGGUCUCUGUUACCUGAGAUUCACUUGUUCAAUUUUUAAAACCAAGAUCAUGGAAAGAAUCGUCCAUUGGAAUUUAUUCGGAUGCAUUGGUCACAUGGACGUCCUCAUCCCACCAUGUAACGAAACACUCACAUGCACCAUUGUAUGGCUAGAGAAGACAUCCUGGUCUACCAGAAUUGACAAAACAAUAGGGGAGAAAAAAAAGUGCCCUGGCUUUUCAAGAUGGCCGAUGGUGGAAUGAAACCGUCAGAAAAAAAAUAGAAAAAUUUCAUAAGCGAUCCAGCAAGAUGGUAAGGGGUAGAGUAUGUCUGGAAGAAAGUGCUAGGCUGAGGGCCAGAGUGUCAGAGAGUCUGAGCAAGCAGAACAGAAUCGACAUCGAUGGCGGGAGGUUAGAGGCCAUCUUCACAUCCUCUGUGCCAGUAAUGAAACAAUUCGGUAUGUGAACAUAACUUUAUUAUCCUGGCCUUUUCUGUUUAAGGAGGGUUAACGGAAAUUUACUAAAGUGAAGGAAAAGAAAUCCAACUAAGAGUCAAGAAGUCGACCUGUCUGUCUGUCCGUCCAUCCAUCCAUCGCCCGUGGCUGAUCACAGUGAAUUCGCCAGGACGCCCCAAUAAUGCUUCAGUUAUAGCCGUCAGAAUCGCGAAACGACAUUUUAGAAAGUUCUGGAUGUAAAUUAAAAUUAUGGAUGACCAAUCAGAUUUUUGAUCAUGAACAGAAAAAAAAACCCUGUUUUAUUUUUUAAGCAAAUUAUAAUAUCAAAUGAUAAGUUAGGGUUGGGGUUUUUUAAUUUAUUGUCCUUCUUCUAAAUAUUAUAAAGUCCACUGAAGUGAAUGCUUCAGGAAUUAAAAUGACAGCUUCCCCCAUAAAAAAAUUUAAUUGUGAACUCCCGUGGUUUGCAUACCAAUUUGAAAAAAACUGUGGACUUUCAAAGAAUUUUAAUGAAUUAUAUUCAAAGUAAUAUUUCUAAAAUAUACUGUAAUUAUAUUCAGAACGAAUUUGAGAUUGAUGGAUUUUAUUGCUGGGUAAGUGAAGCUCUAUAACAGGCCCUUACAUCUUUUUUCUUCCUUAUUUUAAAUUCAUUUGCUGAAAAAGCCCCGGAAAACGUUUGUUUGAAUUUGUCUGGUUUGACUUGGCAUGAAUCUGUACAAUCAAAAUCUCAAAAUGUCUUUCAUUGUACAAACCCAUUUUGGCCCAGAAGCACACAGCCAUGAAGUUCGAGGCGCCCGCUGUCACCCCAUGCAGCCGUGCAAGUGAAAGUGCUUGCUUGCCAUGACAGAGGGGCUUUGCUGUGGCACCGGCCGGGUGGGGUUUGCAUCCUCUCCCUUUGUUCAUGUGACUUAGUGCUGGAGUUCCCUACGGUAGUCGUGACUGUUGUCUAUCAGUGUGUGUCGUGAUGGCCUGGCAGGCAGCCCCCCCAGUUUGGUCUCGUUUUGUGCUGCAAUAGGCUUUGGCUCCUCCAUUUGAGCGCUUUGAGGAGUGAGAAAGGCGCUAUAUAAAUGUAAGCAACUACUAUUUUUAUUAAGAUCCUGACCUGUGACACACAAAUUCAUCAAGCACAUGGAUGGAUGACCUCAUGCUUUUGUCCUCCAUUGUCCUGUUAGACGUCUGUGCCUUCACGACUUACUCACUCGCUGCCCUCACUUCUUCUGCUUUGUCUGGGUCUCCUUGUGACGCGGCCUCACCCUUGUCUUACACACGCUAUGCACCCUCAACAUUUGUUCAUUGGGUUAAUGAUCAGUUUGCCUUUCCCAGUGUCACAGAGUCCCUAAAAUGGAAAAUUAUGGAAAUGAACCCAGCCAAAUAAACCUUUAAAGGGAAGGUCCGUUUGAAUUAUUAUUUUGUUUGUGUUUGUUUUGCUAUUUGCACUUGAAUGCACUUUGUUAAACGUGUUUCACCUUCGAUACCCCAUAUGCACUGUGAUAUUUGAAGAUGACCAUCACGUCACCCAAAAUGAUCCGUGAUGGCUUUGAGAAUCCUGCAACUGGACACUUUUGAAGUGCAAUAUCAUAUGAAGGUAAACUGGCAUGGAGUCUUGAGACCGGCAGAGGUGCACUGUGAACUCCACUAGCGGAGGGCGAAUACGCCGAAAAAUGCAAAGCUUCGCUGGAGAAAUGAACGGCACGUUAGCAUUGAAGAACUGGGGGUGGGGGGGGGGGGACCACUGCGGCCCCGUGAACAAUGGACGGUCACUGUCUGGUGUCGUGCCCAAGGCGCUGCCCACCAAGGAGUCAAGUGCCUACUGUUAAAAGACCUGCCCUCUAAGCUUGUGAUUUCAUUCAGACGUUAACUAAUUUCUUAAGAUGUUCUUUUAAUUCAAUAUUUAAUGCGUCUUUUCAUUUGGAAUGUCUUGUUCUUCCUUGCAAUGUGGUACUAUAUUUUCAGUUACUAGUGAACUGUACAGAGAUUUCAAAUAAAAUUUUACAGAUUCUAAAGAGA